AUGCCUGCGAUUCCUGUGGCAUUGCUUGGGUACGGUAACUCGGCCCGUACUUUUCAUAUUCCCUUUGUCAAGUCGCUUCCUGGUCAAUUUGAGCUCAAGAUUGUGCUUCAACGUCCGCGCUCCAGUACAUCCACUUCGCCCGAUGCUCGGGCUGACCUACCAGAUGUACAGGUGCUGCCGGACCUUCCUGCUGUGCUGGCCGCGAUGCCUCAAGGUCCUGGCCUUGUGAUUGUAACAACUAACAAUGCGUCACAUGUGCCUUACGCUAAGCAAAGUCUUGAAGCAGGGAAGCACGUCCUCAUUGAAAAGCCUGUUGCUGUGCAUGAGCGCGAAAUUGAAGAGCUUGCCAAUCUGGCGCGCAACAAAGGCCUAGUGUGCUCUGUGUAUCAGAACCGACGUUACGAUGGUGACUUUCUCACCAUUAAAUCUUUGCUGGCAGACUCAUCGCCAACCAAUCCUUCUGCGAUCGGUAUCCCUACAUACUUUGAGUCUCGCUUUGAUCGGUUCCGCCCGAUUGCCAAGGGUGGCUGGCGUGAAGAGGUGGACCCUGUAAAAGAAGGCGGUGGCAUGCUCUGGGACCUCGGUGCCCAUCUUGUCGACCAGGUGGUAUCGCUCUUUGGUCCUCCUAGCACCAUCUUUGGCACUGUUCGGAAUCAGCGUGCACAGGGCGCCACGCAGGUCGAUGACGACUGGAUGGCCAUUUUGACGUAUCCCACGAUGCUCCCCCUUCCAGCUACGGCCUGCCCUGCAGGAGCACGCCUUGGUGGCUUGCGUGUCGUGCUUGGAUCUUCGUGUCUUUCCACGCACGUCGAUGCCGAACAAUUCCGUUUCCGCGUAGAAGGCACGGCAGGCUCCUAUGUUAAGCAUGGCACAGAUCCACAGGAAGGUCAGCUUAAGCUAGGCUGGACACCUGCGUCCAAGGGUGAUGCCUUUGGUGUAUACCAAGACCAUGAGCCCGCAGCUGUGCGUCUUGGUCGUCUUACUACGACAGUGCAAGACAAUAAACCCGUGACGGCAGCAGCUCCUCCUAGGCUCACUGCGAGUGAUAUCCCUACUCUGCCUGGCAGUUAUAUCUCCCUCUAUCUUAACUUGUUCGAUGCUAUUCAAGCCGCUACACAAGCCGCUCAGAGCGGCCAGCCAGCGUCGGAUGCGAUCGAUUCCAUCCUUGACAUUCAGCUUGGGCAAGUGGCUAUUAGCACUCGUGUUUUGCGCUUGAUUCGUCAGAGCUCGGAGGAAGGCCGAGUCCUUGCGUGGGCGACUGCCUAA